UGUUUCUCUUAUGGGCCGUGACAAUAAAAAAAAUAUUUAGAAAUGUAGGAAGUGGGAUGCAAAUGCAAGAUGAUUGGAACACCACUCUCGCAAAGGGAGAAACGAGAAGAAGGAUUUGAAAUUAUUGGAUAUUUACAUAGAUAUAUUCUAUUUGAGGAAUACUGAAUAAACACUUUUAGCAAGGCGGGAAAAGCUCCUUCCCACAGAGUGAGUUCAUUAGCAAGAAUGGGUGAUCUUCAUUCUGCACCACAACCUGGAGAGCAACGAAUGUUAGCUAUCAUUUUUGAUUUGGAUGGCACCCUUUUAAGCACAGAGCACCUGACCAAGGAAAUUCUGAAGGAAUUUCUGGCUGGAUACGGAAAGGUGCCAGAUAAGGAAAAGGAAAAGAAAAGAUUGGGCAUGGCCCAAAAAGAGUAUGCUAUUGGCAUUGUCAGUGAUUACGACCUUCCUCUCAUGCCCGAUGAGUAUAUCCAAGCAGUCAUGCCCCUUUAUCAUGACAAGUGGUUGCAAGCGAAAGCUCUUCCUGGUGCUAAUCGCCUUAUAAGACAUUUUUAUGAGCAUGGAGUUCCCAUUGCCCUUGCUUCAAAUUCCAAAAGGAAAAACAUAGAUGGGAAAGUCUCUCUCCAAGAAGGUUGGAAGGAAUGUUUUUCUGUAAUUCUUGGAAGUGACCAAGUUAAAUCAGGGAAGCCGUCUCCAGACAUAUUUCUGGAAGCUGCAAAACAGAUGGGUGUAGAUGCAGCUCACUGCCUAGUGAUAGAGGAUUCUGUCAUCGGAGUCGAGGCAGGCAAGGCUGCUGGAAUGAAGGUGGCAGCUGUGCCAUCUUUCCAUUCUGAAUUUGAUCGAUAUUCAAUAGCUGAUUCUAAGCUUCGUUCACUCCUUGAGUUAGAUCCAGAACUAUGGGGUCUCCCACCGUUUGAUGAUUGGGUUGGUCAUGCAUUGCUGGUUGAACCUGUUUCUUUCAGGGGUCUGUACAAAAAUGGCCUCCUCCAUGAUUUUGCAGAUGAUGGGCCAUCUACUCUACCCGAUCAAGUGUUUGGAGUUUAUUUUGGCUGGGCAAAACCUGAGGCGUAUAAGUUUAUAAAGAUUGUUCUUGGAAUUGGUUGGGAAGAUGGCAGCGGCAAUUCUAGGAGGAAGAUGCAAGCUUGUAUAGUUGAUAUGAGUGACGAGCAGAUCCAGCAUUGCAAAAUGGACUUUGUGAUUGUAGGCUACAUCAGAGGAUCAUGCGAUGAGGGAAGGUCAGACAACAUUGAAAUAGUUGAGGAAGACAUGUUAAUUGCUGAUGCUGCCUUGGAUCGGUCUGAAUACUCACUUGGUGCAUUAAAGUCCCUCUUUUCGGAAACUUCUUUAGAAGAUGUGGAAAAGUGAACAAGGACAUGAUCUGCAUUAGCACAGUUAAAAGGGCAGCACCGUGUGCUAAAGCUUCCGCUAUGAGCGUGGUCUGAAGAAGGGCCGAACCACAAGGAUCUAUUUUACGCACCCUUACCUUACAUUUUUGCAAGGGGCUAUUUCCACUACUUGAUGCAGGUUAAAAGGGAAGCCCUCUGCGCUAAAGCUCCUGCUAUGUGUAGGGUUCGAGAAAGGGCCAAAGGGCUAAAGCUCACCUUAUAAUUUUGGAAGGGGUCAUUUCCACUACUUGAUGAGGGUUAAUUUAAUAUUCCACUUAUAGGAUCACUUGCACAGGUUGCAAAAAACAUCAAAUUAAGGGAGAAGUGAUGAAAUAUUGGGAGUAUGAAUAAGUCACAAGUGAUAAAAUCUACAAGCCUAAGACACUUCAAAAUUUCUUCAGACAUUACCUCAGGCACAUAUGGUUGAAGUUCUAUCAUUUUUUACGUGUAAUACAGCCAUAUGAAAUUGAUCCUUAGAU